UGGGAAUUCUCUUUAAGAGUCUGUGCUGGACCAGCACUCUGCUGGGUGGUUUAUUCGGUCUUAGCAUUAUGUUUCACUUGGAACGUCUUUUUUUUCACGUCAGCGUAUGGGGAGCAAGAUGUUCAACUUCCAGUAAGACAGACACUCCGUGAGUCACAUUUGCAUGCAGCCCUCUAACUCGUACACAUCCACCAAGAUCGAGAUCGCUCUCUUCACCCUCGCGGGCCUGGACCAUGCUAUCAUGACGGCGCUGAUAGUUUUCAAGAUUCUGACUCUUAAAAGACAGCUGCCGCCUUCGCCUUGCCAUGCAGAACAAUUGCGGUUUUACAACAACGCAGUUACGGUCCUUUCGUUGUAUUCGAUAAUCUAUCUUCCUCUCUUAUCCCUGUACCCGGUCUUUGGGUCAAUCCAUCUACAAUCUCGCUACAUUUACAUGCCAACUUUAUGCCAACUAAAUGCCAUUUUGCCUACUCUCUUCACACUUCACUCGCUUUUUCACACUUACUCUGGACAUUAAUCGAUACACUACACGAAGUCGGACCCCCCCGUUUGUUUUUUUUUGGGUGGCCGCGAACUGAAUAAUUUGCUUAAUGCGUUAACUCAAGU